UCCCUGGAAGUCCAGCCGGAUUGUCCGCGAGAUCUGUUGGGGGGAUUUUUACAACCAAACUGGGAUCUAUGAGUGGGAAGGUGAUCAAGUCAAAGGAAGAAAAAGAUGCUUCUAAAGUUAUGGAUGACGCGCCCCCGGGCACACAGGAGUAUAUUAUGUUACGGCAAGAUUCCAUCCAAUCUACGGAAUUAAAGAAAAAAGAAUCCCCCUUUCGGGCAAAGUGCCAUGAAAUCUUCUGUUGCCCUCUGAAGCAAGUCCACCUCAAAGAGAACGCAGAACCCGAAGAACCACAGCUUAAAGGCAUAGUAACGAAACUGUACAGCCGGCAAGGGUAUCACUUGCAGCUGCAGGCAGAUGGAACUAUCGAUGGAACCAAAGAAGAAGAGAGUACCUAUACUUUGUUUAACCUCAUACCUGUGGGUUUACGAGUGGUGGCGAUCCAAGGCGUUCAAACAAAAUUGUACUUAGCAAUGAACAGUGAAGGAUAUUUGUACACAUCGGAACAUUUCACGCCAGAAUGCAAGUUCAAAGAAUCGGUUUUUGAAAACUACUACGUGACUUACUCAUCCAUGAUCUACAGACAACAGCAGUCAGGAAGAGGCUGGUACUUGGGUCUUAACAAAGAAGGGGAAAUCAUGAAAGGGAACCACGUCAAGAAAAACAAGCCCGCUGCACACUUCCUUCCAAAACCAUUAAAAGUGGCUAUGUACAAAGAGCCCUCACUCCACGAUCUCACAGAAUUUUCCCGGUCUGGCAGCGGAACUCCCACGAAAAGCAGAAGCGUCUCAGGAGUGCUAAAUGGCGGGAAAUCCAUGAGUCAAAACGAAUCGACGUAGCCAGGUUUGGGGAGCUAGUGGAAGCGAUGUUUGAUGGAACCUUACCUCUGGAACUGCUGUUGAGAAACCUUCGUUAGCCACCUACCAUCCAACCGUUCCGGACAAACCAAUGGACUGCCAUAGGUCACAUUUGUCUUAUCAGCCAUUUUAGACCUUCUGGUUGUUCAAAACUACCGCCACUAAUAAUAAUGCUAAUAAAAAAUGGGGAGAGCUCUCAAUAAAGUAGAGUGUGCUUGUGCAAUCUCACAAGGGUAACCAGACAAACGUAAGUCAAGGCAUAGAAACACGGAGAAGAAAUACCCAUCUCUCUCGCUCUCCUUUUAUCUCUUUAAUCUCACCUGUGCUUUGUGAAAAGAAAAGGGGGGGGGGCAUUAAGAAGCAGAAAACAUUUUCACAGCACAUAACUGCUGACCUGAAUUUGCUUUCCCACCAAGAGAGAAAUCCAAUCGACGACCACUUUUUUUGCUCUUUGAGGGAAGUUUUAAUGCUUAAUGUUUUAUAUAUACUAGCAUUAGAGGGGCAAAUACCAGGAAUAUGUACACUCUGUGGGUUUUUUUUUUCUCAGCUUACCAUUUUAUAUCUCUUGUGGCUUGGUAAGGAAAACAAACCCAAGUAUAUUCUUUUAAUUUGGAAUAGUGCAACUUUUUUGCUUUCUUAAUUCCAGGGGUCUUCUUUGGAGCUGUGCCUCUACAAGAAAAAAUGAAGCUAAUAGUAGUAUAAUAUUGUGGGGGUGGGGGUGAGAUUAGAUUUGAUGCUGAAUCUCAGCAAAAAAAAGUGUUCUUGUGGUUUUAAAACACACUGAAAUAUAUACUUUUUUUUAUAGAUUUGUAGUAUUCCGUUUAAAGUCCUUGUGCUGACCCCAGUCUGUAGGAACCGAGGUGUUACGUUAACCCCCCAGUCAGUGAAAGAUGUUUUAUAUUUAAAAAAGGGGAUCAAGUUAUCCCUGCUAUGUAGAUUUUAUUUUUCUCCUCUCUCCCUUUCUCUCUCUCUCUCUCUCUCUUAAUUACAUUUUAUGUAUCAUAUUAAAAAAGAAAAUUUAGCAUCGUGGCUUCUUUUUUCUAAAGACAGAAACUGUGGAACUAAGGUGACUUAACAGUUUUUUUUAUAUAAGAAAAAACAUCUUA